CUCGAGCGAGCUCUUGUCGCUCUAUGCCAGCCAGUCACGGAGCCAGUACAACGCAAAGCCUCGCCCGCCGGCGCCGGCCCGGUACUGCACGACCGCAUACGGUACGUCUUCUCGCGUUUUUAUGCUGAAUUUUCAACAUGGCGGGUCGCAGUGGCCACGCGGAUGUCGUCAAUGAAAGGCGGUUGAAGCCUUUAUACGAUAAUCUUGAUAAUGGAAACUAUAAAAUAGCAUUACAAGCUGCAGAUAAACUGCUCAAGAAACACAGAGAUCUUCACUGUGCCAAGGUAUUAAAGGCUCUUGCUCUUCUUCGAAUGGGACGUAGAAAAGAGAGUCUUGCAAUCACCCAAGAUGUCAUUCAGGUUAAACCAACCGAUGAAGCAACAUUAUCAGCCUUGUCUAUCUGCUUUAGAGAGAUGCAGAAACCUGAGCUGAUAGUAGAGAUUUACAACAGUGCUCUGAAAAACCAACCACUAAAUGAAGAGUUUCAUACACAUCUCUUUAUGGCUCUAGUCAGAGUAGGAAACUGCAAAAGGCAGCAACAGGUUGCUAUGGGUUUGUACAAAGUGUUUCCAAAGAAUCCAUACUAUUUCUGGGGUGUUAUGAGUGUUGUAAUGCAGGGUCUUACAAGUGUAGACACCAAGCUUGCAUCAUCUAUGUAUUUUCCUCUUUCUGAGAAGAUGAUAGAGAGAAUGGUCAAGGAAAAUAAACUGGAUGCUGAGGCUGAAGUCAUUCUUUAUCUUAUGGUAUUAGAUUAUCUUGGGAAAAAUGAAAAGGCCAUUGAGAUACUGGAUGGACCAUUAGGAAAACUUAUGAGCAGUGAAAUUGAUGGAGUAGACAUCCGCAAAGCAGAACUCUUUUGGAAGAUGGAGAAAUGGGCUGAGACUAAUAGUGCCUAUAGAUCGUUAUUACUUAGACAGCCAGAUAAUUGGUUUUUCUAUGAACAGUACUUCACUUCAUCCUUCAAGCUCAUAGAUUCAUCCUGGUCACCUCCUGAAGAUGAAAAAGAGAAGUCCAAGCUUGGUCAAGUUGACCAUACAGUUGAGAUGAUGGUCAGUUUCAUCCAAGAACAGAUUAAUAAUGAGGAAGCAAAAUCAAAGAAUUCAGGAGAUGCAGGAGUUGGUAGGUUACUACGAGGACCAUACCUUGCAAGACUUGAAUUGAUCCAACUGCUUACUAAUAGAGGUGCCAGUGAUGAAGCAAGAGAAAGAAUAGGUUCAGCUCAAGAUCACAUCAGACACUACCACUCUAUCUUUGGUGCUAAGUUUUGUUGCUAUAGUGAUUUGAGCAGAUACACUGAUCUCCUUGGUGAUGAGGAUGGAGCUAUCUUUACACAGAGUUUGGUUGAAGAUCGUUUGCCUUUAGAUGAAGAGGAGGGUCUCUCAAUAGCUACAUCUAUCAAGGGUCUUCAAAGACAUCUUAGCACUAUUCAGUUGAGCAGACGAUUAGGUAUCCAGUCUAGUUUGUCUUCGGCAGAGAAACUUGAUGUUGCUAUGGAGAUGGCUGCUACUCACAGGCAAAGUCUACGGUUUGCCGAGGGAAACAUCUCAGCUGAUAACCAAUAUGCAGAUGACUACCUCUUAUUAGCUGUACAUAUACUUUUAGAUGUAUGGGAAGAGACUGAUGAUGACAGGCAUUUAUGGAAAAUGAUUAUGAUGCUAGAAAUGGGAAUCAGAAACAGCAAAAAUAACAGUCAGAUGAAACUUUUACUCAUGAGACUUUACUGUCUGGCGAGUGUGUUUGGACCCAUCCCAGAGCUUUUCACCAGUUUAGAUAUCAAACACAUACAACAAGACACCCUAGGCUAUAAUGCAGCUAGGUUUGUGAAGUCACUUGGUCACUAUUCAUCUGCUAACUCACUCUACAAUUCAACUCUAAGGUUCUUCACUUCAAAUCAUAAAGAUACUACAGAACACAUCAUUGCUGCAUACAAGUUUGGAUCAUUUCACAAGAUCCCUGAGUUUGUGUCUUUCAGGAAGAGAGUAAAGCAUUCAGUUCACUUUGCUCAGACCACAGUAGAGAAGAUGUUAUUAGAUUUAAUGCUAGAUUCUGAGAAUAAUAACAAGACAUAUGAAGACAUUGUUCAAGACAUGGAAAUCAUCCCUGCUAAUGAUGACACAGACUGGGAUGAUCUCCGUGAUAAUAGAGAUCUGAAGUGCUUCACCUCGUGGUCUCCUAAAGAAAGGCAAGUAUCAGAGGAAGACAUUGAGAUAUCAUCUAAACAAGAGAAAUCAUGGUUGAAGUUACGUAGUCUGUUAUUGAGAUGUCUUGCUGCUGCUGCCCAUCUUUCACCUCAUCAAUUCUCUAAUGAGUCUCAACAAGGAGAUGGUAAUACUCCAGCUACAAGCUGUGAAUCUACACAGAGAAGAGAUACCUUGAAAAAACUGCUUGAAGAUCUUGCUUGCCAUGUGGGUACAAUAAGAGAAGAUCCACAUCUUAAUUGGAAGUUCUCAACCCAAGGUCCGCCCAAGACGAACCUACCAGAUUACUUAUCAGGGAAACAUGAUGUUAUUCUGAUGGCAGGCUUCAAGAUGGUUCUUACUACAUAUGAAUUCUUCAAUCUCAGCUCAGAGGAUCCAUCUUUUGAAGAGACACAGAUAAGGAUAACAGAAUGCAUGAAGGAAAUUCUUUCAAACUUACAAGAGUCUUUGAGGAGAAGUAGACGAAGCUUGAUCAUUGAGAAGGAUGAUAAGAAGACACUAGACAGACAUAUACUACCAGAAACUGUCCAACUUGUUGAGACAUUCAUCUUCAUACUCCUCUUGAGUAGCGUCGGCUAUAAGAUGAUGAAGAAACUCAAGCAAGCAUCACAACGGAGAGGCAAGAAGAAGAAAGUAACACCUCCUAAACCACUACCGGCAGUGAUGGAUCAAUUCAAGUCCUAUAUGGAAGAGUUUCAUGUGUUAUUAGAAGGUAUUCAUAUGGCUGUUAUGGAUACAGAUAUGGUUUUCCUUGCCCUCAAACUUGAUCAGAUGCAACUCACUGAUGGAGAUCAUGAGUUUUUCACAGAAGAAGAAGAGAGAGUUAUGUGGUCCAAGGUUGAAGAGAGCUACCAAGAAUCUUGUAAGGAGAUGUCAGAUGCCCUCAAGGGAAAAAUAGAGUACUUUGCUUCUCUCAAGUUAUGAUGAAGGAUUCUUUGACAUACUUGGGAAAUUCCUUCAUUAUAAGGGGAAUCCCCUUAGAUCUGUAGGCACAUGAAUGGAUGUUACAUGUGUCACAUGAAUGAAUGUUAUGUAUGUCACAUGAAUGAAUGUUGUGUGUCACAUGAAUGGAUUUUAUUUGUCACAUAAAUGGAUGUUAUGUGUGUCACAUGAAUGGAUGUUAUGUGUGUCACAUGAAUGGAUUUUAUGUGUCACAUGAAUGGAUUUUAUGUGUCACAUGAAUGGAUUUUAUGUGUCACAUGAAUGGAUUUUAUGUGUCACAUGAAUGGAUGUUAUGUGUGUCACAUAAAUGGAUGUUAUGUGUGUCACAUAAAUGGAUGUUAUGUGUGUCACAUAAAUGGAUGUUAUGUGUGUCACAUGAAUGGAUUUUAUGUGUCACAUAAAUGGAUGUUAUGUGUGUCACAUAAAUGGAUGUUAUGUGUGUCACAUGAAUGGAUUUUAUGUGUCACAUGAAUGGAUGUUAUGUGUGUCACAUAAAUGGAUGUUAUGUGUGUCACAUAAAUGAAUGUUAUGUGUAUAGCAAGCAGAACUUGUGUUCAUAUUGUCAUUGAAGGAUGUAUUUGCUGUUUCCAUUGAGUUGCUGAAGUAUAAACUUUAAGGAAU